GAAAGUGAUCGCAAAGUUGCUUGACGUCCCAGAGCGCGCUGAUUGGAGGGCGUGCGUGACUAAUGAAGAGAGAGAACGGGAGGAUACAAAUCGAUUUAGAGAAGUAUUUAGCAAGUAUGACCCUAUUGAAUAUUUGAAAAUUUAA